GAAGAAGUCGUAGUAGUAGUAGAAGAAGAAGAGCCUACGGAAGUACGGCUUCCAAACAGAUCCCGGUUGGAAGAGUAAAUUAUAAGAGAUCGCCCUCUUUUCAUUAAAAUCAAAUUAGAUCUUGGACCAUUUCUUAAUAGGACGAUGGGCACUAGAGAUGACGAAUAUGACUAUUUGUUCAAAGUGGUCCUUAUCGGUGACUCAGGUGUGGGAAAGAGUAACCUGCUGUCCCGAUUCACCCGGAAUGAGUUCAACCUGGAGAGUAAGAGCACCAUCGGAGUCGAGUUCGCCACACGCAGCAUCCAAGUGGACGGCAAGACAGUGAAGGCCCAGAUCUGGGACACAGCUGGCCAGGAGCGCUACCGUGCCAUCACAUCAGCGUACUACCGCGGGGCUGUGGGGGCGCUCCUUGUCUACGACAUCGCCAAGCAUCUAACUUACGAGAACGUGGAGCGCUGGCUGAAGGAGCUGAGAGACCACGCCGACAGCAAUAUCGUCAUCAUGCUGGUGGGCAACAAGAGCGACCUGCGUCACCUGCGAGCUGUUCCCACUGACGAGGCCCGGGCUUUUGCUGAGAAGAACGGUUUGUCUUUCCUGGAGACGUCGGCUCUGGACUCCACCAACGUGGAGACGGCCUUCCAGACCAUCCUGACAGAGAUCUACCGUAUCGUCUCCCAGAAGCAGAUGUCGGAGCGUCAGGAAAGCGACAUGUCGCCCAGCAACAACGUGGUCAACAUCCAGGUGCAGCCCACUGAGAACAAACCAAAGAUGCAGUGCUGUCAGAACAUCUAGCCCGGCCACGGAUCUGCUGCUUCCCUCCUCCCCCCUUUGUCCCUCCCCUCUCUCUGUCUCUCCGCAGCCCUCGCCUCCCUCCCUCCCUCCCCCUCCCUCAGCUCCUCGACUCCCGGCCUCAGAGAAUAGACUGCCUCAGUGUACUGUGUGGUGAGACGAGCCACAGCUUCAAGGUUGUGACCCCGUCUCUGCACCUCUCUGUACCUGCUCCCCCUCCCAAACCCCCUCCUCCCCGGGCCCCCAGGUAAAUACAUCCCAGAAUAAGAAGUCACCACGUGGGGUGACCCCCCUCCCCGCCCCCCCCCCCAAAGCAGUGCCCCCCUGUCGUUAGGCUACUGCAGGACAGCAGGCAGCAGGCAUUUCAUAUCACUUUAGAUUUCAUUACUGUAGAUGCGCUGAAAUGUCACACAAAAUGUCUUAAUAUAUGAAUGUGAUUUGUUUUCUGCUCUUUUCUUCUUUCUUUGUGCUCCUGUUGAUUUUUCACAUUUUUUAUGAUCUUUCUCUGUCUUGUAUCAUAUAUCUACUGUUGGGUAUAUAUGAAUUUAAAGCACAUCAGAGUGUAUUCCGAUAUACGAGCUUCUCCUCUGUCAUUCAGGCUCCCCCCUCCUCCUCUUUAGUGCAAUGUACUGUUUUGGAAACCAUGUGGAUGUAUGGGGCGCAGCGCCGACGCGUGUGCUCCGGUAGUGUCACGUCAUUUGAUCUGGUUGCUGUGAAUAUGACGCUAGAAACUUGUGCAUUUGCUGAGCUUGAGUUUGCGCAGCGGAAAGAAUCAGUCAGGCCUCGUCGUCGUGGUCGUCACCGUGUGUGCAGCAGGUGGCAGGGCGGGGCCAGCUUUGCAUGUCUUAUAAAGGUGGAAAUGUGCUGUGCUGCAUGCGUUAGCAGGUGACAGCACCUGGACUCUGUGUGGAACACUAUCGUUGCCUUGACGGCGUGUGAUGUUUCGGCUGCUGCGUGCAAGCGGAACGCGACUUCUGUCCAUUUUCGUGUUGGCCUGCUUCAAGUCUCAGUGGGACGUCGUGCAGACUGAAGACACGUUGGUCCCCCGGACUCUGACAUUAGAACAGCAUGCAUCCAUUUUUGACGCAUUUGACUACAACUAUGCAGAAACUAGCACAUGGCUGUUUGGAUUUUAUUUCUUAGUGCACUUCUAUAGCAAAUGAAGGAAUUUUAAAACAGCAAAGUAACCGAGGUAGUGUUCUUGUAUAACAUUCGUAUGAUACUCAAUAACAUUAUAAUCAAAACUCCAAAAUACCGCUUUGCAUGUAACCGCAGAACUCUAGUGAGGACUCGCUGGAAGUAGGAAACGGUUUUUCACCCGCUGGUUUGGAUUUCAUGUGCAUGUCAGACUGAACCUUAGUAGAUGAUCCAGUGAACCUGUUUUCUUGUUUAGGAUUAGAUUGAGAAUGUGGACGUCUUUCCGCAGAUCAGAAGUACGGUUUUCAAGACGGCGCCACUUUUCAAAAACCAAAACUGCAGGCUGAGUCUCUGGAGUCUUUCCUUCAAUCCUCAGCGUUCUGACUGACAGGAAACUCGCAUUCUUUCUAAAUUCAGGUCACAGUGCCUCCUUCACCUGGCCGAAAACGCCUCAUUCACCUGCCAACAACUCACCAUCGUACCCGCCUCCUCCCUGGUCGGUGAGCUCGCUUUGUCUGUCCCUGGAGGAGACACACGACCGCCUUGUCGCUCCCCCCGGUCACAUUAAGCCUACGUACACCGAGCUGCCUCUGACUUCAACACGAUGCAUGGCUUUCUGUACGUCGUAUCGCCUUACGUAGCUAACAUUGUCAUUACUGUCCACGAGACCUGCUGAGGGGUUUAGGCCUGGACGACGUGCUUAACGAGCUGAUUGUUGUGCCCAGUCUGUAAACUGACAGAUGCCUCGCUAAGCGCCUCCUGAGUGUGUGUCCUGUUCCAGGUUGUAGCCGUGUCAGUGUGCGCUGGUGUUAGCAGACAUACGAUCGGUGUGUGUGUGUGUGUGUCUGUGUGUUUAGAGGCAGAGUGUAGAUCAGUAGCUGCGGAGCGAGUGAGCCUGGCUGGAAGUGCCAAUGGCGUUUUUGUUCGAACAGACGGCGCCGCCAGCCGAGCCUCUCCAGACUCACUAGCUGGCAAAAGAAAAAGUGAUUCCUUUUUUCCUGAAAAAUAUGAUUUCUGAUCCUGUCUCAUGUACCUCCACUGUUCUGUGUUUUUUUUUAAAGAAGUGUGUUUUGAUUUCUUUUCUUUUUUUUACUAUAUUGAAUUCUACAACUGACUGUAAUUUCAGUGUAAACGUGCAAGAGUGAAAUGAUGUCAUUUCAAUGAAUCUGGAGGGUUAAAUGUGAGAGGGGGGUCAAAAUGAAUGGUUUUAUGUUUUGUACAGAUUGAUAAAUUGUACAAUUGUGUCUAUAUCUUAAGUUAUCAGUUCAUCUUAAUAAAGCGCACCAGUCAUAAACCUUAA